GAAUCUCUCUCGCUCUUACUUAAAUUAUUAUACUACCAAGUACCUACCUAAAUGUUGCCUACCUCCUAGGUACCUAAGGUAUAAGUGUAAUCUUUACUUUUCCCUCAUCAUCUCCUCUAUGAAUUAGUUAAAUCCAGUCCUGAUCAUCGAUGCUUAAUGCUUCUCUUAAAAAGUUAUUACUAACUUACCAUGGCGUCGUUUGCAGAAUUACCCACCGAGAUCAUCUUCGAAAUCAUAGACCGGCUCUUCGACAUCUUAGACGUUGUUGCGCUAUCUUCAACAAAUCGCCGCCUCCACGAUAUUGUCACAAAGAACAACAAAAUAGUUAGCAGGUUCGAUAAGGCUUCUCUCGAUCAGAAUCUGCUCUUAGCUGCAUUCUUAGGUCAAAUCAAUGUAGUCAAACUUCUUCUAGACUAUGGCGUCAACCCGAACCAAUAUCAUGUCGGUCGUAUAGACAGGUCUGUCCGAUGUCAAUACCAUACGUUUAGUAGCUUGGGGGUUCCAGAUCAAUUUACUGCUCUGGUCCGUAAUAUUCCCACCUUAGAUGACAUCAUGGACUGGACCUAGAUGGACCAGGAAUGGUAUGGUCUUUGGUGUUCAACUCCACUGCACCUGGCGGCGUAUAGGGGGCACGAUGAUAUUGUGGCGCUCCUAAUUAAGAGAGGUGCGAGACUCACCUUAAAGUCCAUUGGUGUCCACGGGCGUAAACACGCUGCGAAUCCGCCCUGGACUCCGUUGCAUCUCGCAAUUUUUAGGAUGAAUUUAUCCACCGCAAAGUUAAUACUCAGUCACGGCAAUCGAACGCCUAUGCUCCCAAGACAACAACGUUUAUACCCAUUAAGUAAGGCAACUGACUAUGCUCGUUGGUUUGUAAAAUAUACAUUCGAUACGCAAGUGACAACAGAAACCAAGUGGACUUGCGACAAAUGGCUGGCCGUAAAGGGACUGAGCAUUAACGGGCCUGACACCCGGGGUCUUUUGAAAGAUUGCCAUCAUAUCUGCCUUUCUCGAAAUUGCGGGUUGGUGUCAUAUGCCAUUGAUAUGCAUAUUGUCCAGGGCGAAACCGGCAUCGAUAGACCGCUUAUUCAUCUCUGUCUUCAAGACCCGUGGGCAAACAUACCUCGAUGGCGUAAUGCUGGAGUUACCUUGGAAGUAGCCGAAGUACAUCUUCCUAAGUAUGCCUUACCUUGGUUCGAAUAUCUCCUCAACCACGGAGCCAACGUUGAUGCUAGGGAUUCUAUGGACUUCAAUGCCACGGCUAUGAUGGUCGCAGCGCUCAAUGGUAUUGAGCCGGCUAUGGGCUUGCUUAUACAGCAUGGUGCAAAUGUCAAUGCGAAGGAUAGAGCAGGCUUUACUGCCCUACAUGCAGCCUGCAUACGUUCUAAGCCAGAGAUUAUUACAAAACUCAUCGAAAAUGGGGCACGAGUAAAUGCUACUGAUUCCACGGGCAACUCGCCCCUUCAUUUUAUAUGCGGCACAAUCGCCGGCAAGCAUCACAAUAAAUUUUUAAAAGCAAUCGAACUUCUUCUGACCCACGGAGCCAAAUCAAUGCCUAGAGCCUGGAAAACUCGGGUUCAGUCUCCUCUGGAAAUUGCAUUUCGCAAUCGAUACCUUGAUGCUGUGAGAUUGAUAAUUUUAAAAUCCAACCCAAGACCUACUCGAGACCAGAUUUGGGCUUUAUUUGAAGUCGUGAUCGAGGCGUCUGACGUCUCUCGACUAAGGCUACUUCUAAUGCUUGACAAGCACAACUUCAUUCUUCGAAGUAAAUCUGCUCUCAUUAAGCUCGUACAAAGCAACAAUCAGACAACUGAAGCGGCAAUGCUUCUUCUUGAAAAGGGCGCUCCAUGCGAUGGACAGUUAGUCUUUUGGAUUGUUUCUUACCAGAAAGGUAAUGACUUGUUACGAAAAGUCCUGGAACGUGGUAUCAGUCCUAACGUCGUCGUCGGACCUAAAAAGCGAUGCCCACUUCUCGAAGCACUAAAGAUCAGAGACGUUUUGACAAGGAGAGCGUAUGUGAAGUCAUUGAUGGAACAUGGAGCUGAUAUCAACAUGAAUCUUCAUCACACUAACAUUGAGCCAAUCUACGUACAUAUUAUUUCGCCCUCCUUUCUCCGGCAUACCGAAACCGUUUUGGACGUUCUAUUCUGCCCUGAUUACUUCCAGCGCGUACCCGAAUCCCGGCAAAUUGCUUUCCUGGUCUUAGCUUGUCGCUUAACACAUGUAAAGGUUCUACAAAAAUUACUUGAAUUUACAACUGGGCCUGUGAUUCAGAGGCUCGUUCAACAGUUUAUAGAAAAUUUUACGGCUACACCCAUUAUCACUCGACUAUUGGACAUCACCGGCUACUCUCUAGCGGUCCAAAAUGAGCUCACGGUAGAGUACAUGGAUAUCGCCAUAGACAUACUGGAUGUGUUUGCCCGGCACCACACGUUCUGGGGCUUCCAACCUUCUCCUGGGUCGGCACGGGCUAUAGAUACUUUAGAGAACCUUAUGACUGCGACGCGCAACUCUACACCCAGGCAAAGGGGCGCCUCCUUCUACUUGAGGAAAAGAAUCCGAAUCGUCGACUCCAGUGCUGAAAGUCCCCAGGUUUUAAUCCUUCCACGAGCAGAUUUAAACGAGUAUCCUCAAGGUUACAUCACUAUUCUUGACUUAGGGUUGACAUUACGUCUUACGUUGGAUGGGCGAUAGGAAAGCUCCGUUUCGUAGAGCAUUUUACUGCAGCAGUAAUUAUUGUCGGGUAGCCUCAUGUAUGUUUCGAGUAAUAAUAUACAUUGAUACACUCUA